CACGCACGCGCCGCACACCAUCCUUGGUUGCCACAAUUUCGACGCUUCCCGUCCGCUCGAACUCGUCUCCGACACCCGCAGCAUGUUUCGUGCAUGCGCCGGCUUCCUCGGACGGCGAGUAGAAUCCAUAGAUCGUCGCCACUCGAGUCUCAUCUACAUCCCCGACGACAUUCUCCGCCAUCAUCGCUCCCUACAAGAACUACUCCUCGACUCCAACCAAAUCCAAGACCUACCCAAGGCAUUCUUUCAAUUACAGCGUCUGCUCAAGCUCGGGCUGAGUGAUAAUGCGAUCGUACAGCUGCCAAACGACGUGGGGAGGCUGACAGCUCUCGUCGAGCUCGACAUCAGCAAGAACGGAUUGGAGGAGCUGCCGGAGAGUAUCAAGUUUUGUAAGUCGCUGAGCGUGUUCGAUUGCAGCUCGAAUCCGUUGUCGAAACUUCCAGAAGGGUUUACUCAGUUGACGGCUUUGACACAACUGUGUGUCAAUGACAACUCACUUUCGUUUCUUCCAACUGAAAUUGGAAGACUGACGAAAUUAGAAAGCCUUGAAGCAAGGGAUAACAUGAUUAGAUAUCUUCCAAAUUCAAUUAAUUUCUUGGAGUCUCUUGAACGACUUGACUUGGGAGGGAAUGAACUCGAAGAAUUACCUGCAUCAAUCAGCUGUUUAGCUCGUCUUGAAGAGCUUUGGCUUGAUUCAAAUGAACUAAAAUCGAUUCCAGUGGAGGUUGGAUCAUUGAAGAAGUUAUGGUGUCUUGAUUUGUCUGAGAAUAAGUUGGAAGUGGUGCCGGAUGAAAUUGAGGGUCUCCAGGCACUCACCAGCCUCUACUUGACACAAAACAAUCUGGAGCGUUUGCCAGAUUCUGUUGGAAAGUUGAAGAAGCUUGAACUUCUGAAGGCUGAUUAUAAUAGACUGUCUGAAUUGACACCUGCUAUUGGAAAUUUAACAAUUUUGAGUGAGCUGAUGCUGUUGGACAAUCUGUUAGAGACAUUACCACCAGAAAUUGGUCGACUGAAGAACCUGAAUAGUCUUAACGUGGAUCACAAUAGGCUUGUGGCUCUUCCACCAGAGAUUUCUAACUGUCAGAAUCUUCGUAUCUUGUCGCUUCGUGACAACGUCCUCGCUCGUCUUCCUAACACAUUGGGCUAUUUGGUUGAGUUGAAAGUGUUGGAUGUGGUGAAUAACAGAUUGAGCAGCUUCCCAGCAAGUUUUGAGGAUCUUCCAGUGUCAGCAAUAUGGAUGGCUGAAAAUCAGACUAAAUCAAAAAUUCCACUUCAUGAAGAGACUGAUCCUACUACAGGAGAAACUGUGCUGACGUGUUUCUUAUUGCCACAGGAAUCGUUGUCUUGCAGCAAAGAAAAUCUCCUGCUAGAUGAUGGUGCAUCUAGUGUUCUUGCUGAGCACAGCAGCGCAAGCGCCAGUGCAACUCAGAGUGGUAACGUGGCUGCUGUUGAUUUUAUCACCCCAGAGAAGAAGAACGACAAGGACUUCCAUCCUCAAGUUGAUGUGAAGCUACAACGCAAGCCAACGCCUCAUCCGAAGGAUCUGAAGGAUGCAAAGACACGCUACGUCAAGUCAAAACAUCGAGUUAGGAACAUGAAUGCAGAACUAUUCAGUAGCAUGGACAAUCCGGCAGUGGAUCGUUUGUCUAACAACUCGUAUGAUUCGGGAAAAUUGAAGCCGGCUGAUGCUGGCAGCUAUGGCAGUUCUGGUUCCAUUGACAAGCGAAGUCGAAGUGGAAAGGAAAACGAUUUGAAGGAGCAGAAGGAGCAGAACGCCUUACCAGAGGCUGUCGCUACAGUAAUGGUAGCACAAGUACAGCACAGUGCACUACCAAUGAUGUUCGAUGAAGUUUCCAGUUUGAAGAAAGAAGAAGAGCCAUCUGAACAGCUUCCAGACGAGUCACAAGACACAAAAGAGAGCAAGAGCGUCAGUUUCAAUGCUGUAGCAGAGUCUGAUUCUCGUAAGAAAUUCAACAGACGAGAAACACCAUUUCCUGGCAAGCUUCUUGCUGUAGAUGCUGUUGAAGAUGUGAGUGAAGAUGUACAAGGCGCAGCCGAGAACGACACGUUACCUAGCCAAGAGAAUGGAAUGAAGCGAGUAGACACGCCUUUUGAAUUUCCUGUAGUUCAAGGGACGGUGUCUUCUCCACCGAGGGAGAUUGGUAUAGGGGAGGAAGAAGAAGCAGUACCGAGUGAAGAGCAAGUUGUGGAGCCUGUUGUAGAUGCGUUGGUUGAGUUAAGUAAGGCAGCAUCAGAAGGCAGUGUUGGGCGGCGAGACGUCAAAUCGUUUCCAAUAAGAGCAAAGUUGAUUCGAAGUCCCGGUGAAAGCUAUGGACUACGAAUUGCUGGCGGAACUGACAUGGAAAGAGCUUUCGAUGGUUUUGAUGACGGUAUUUACAUCACUGUUAUCAAUGAGGGUGGACUGGCUGACAGAGACGGGCAGUUGAAAGUUGGAGACAAGAUUAUUGAGGUCAAUGGUAUUGAUCUUUCUAAUGCUACACACGAGGUGGCGGUUAAUGCAUUGAAAUCAGCUUCUUCUGUUUGCGACAUCACAGUGUUGAGACGCGUCAUUCCUGUAAGUUCAUCUCCACCUCCAGAGUUGGACGGACAGGUGCCCUAUGCAAACACAACUGAAGCAGUCGAAUUGAGUUCAGUUGAAGUAAAGUCAGCAGAAUCAGAAGAGCCAUCACAAUCUUUCGAAAUAUCGGAAAAAUUUGCUAGUGAACCAGACGUGGAGACAGUGGUGAUUGCAAAAGCAGGCGGUCCACUUGGCAUGAGCAUAAUCGGUGGUGUUGAUCAGCCAUCUGGUCCUUUCGGCAAGGCAGACGAUCCAGGCAUCUUUGUUUCCAAAGUAACAUAUGGUGGCAAAGCUCAUCAGUCAGGAAAAAUCAGUAUAGGCGAUCGACUUCUAGUGGUAAAUGGGGUUGACUUACAACGUGCCACACAUGAUGUAGCAGUCCAAAGUUUGAAGUUAGAUGUGAAAGAGGUCGUCAUGCUGGUAAAGAGAGAACCAAAACCUACCGGUCAUGAGGUGAUAUGUAUUAUUAAGACAGAAGGAGAGAAGCUGGGUAUUAGUAUCAAGGGAGGUGUAGGUAGUCAGCCUGGUAAUCCAUAUGACACGAAAGACGAGGGAGUAUUUGUUAGCAAAGUUAAUACCGGCGGAGCAGCCGAGAAGUGUCGCCAAUUGAGAGUUGGUCAGCGUAUUAUCUCAGUGAACGGGACGAGUCUUGUAGGAGUGACUCACAAUGAUGCAGUACGAGUGAUGAGGACUGUAGGAAACACGUUGACUAUUGUGGUGUGUGAUGGAUAUGAUCCAGUUGGAAACGAAAGACCAACUUCAGCUGAAGUGCAUUCGUUAUCACCUGUUCCAGUUCAGGCUGUAACUCAGUCAACAGCUGCACCAACUCAUUCUCCUUCUGAAGCACAAGAAGGAACUGUGUGGUUGGUUGGGGUAUCAGCUGAGCCUUCAGUAGUUGAAGAAUCUGUCAAAACAUCUGAGCAGAAUGCUGCCCCUCAGCAGUUUGCUGCACCUGACCAGAAUGCUGCACCUCAGCAGUUUGCUGUGCCUCAGCAGGUUGCUGUUCCUCAGCAGUUUGCUGCACCUGAGCUGUCUGCCAUGAAAGAGAGUGAAGAUAGCGAGAGGAUACUAGCUGAGGAGCAGAGGAAACUAGAGGAAGCUGCUGCUGAACUGGAAGCUCUUGGACUAAUGGAACUAUCAGAUGAAGCAGUAGUACUUGAGUCACCUGAUCUGCUGCAAGAGGCGUUGCCUCAACCACCAAAAGAAGAAUCACCUCAACUACUGGAAGAAUUAUUGCUGCAGUCACUAAAAGAGAUAUCACCUCAGCCAGCAGAUACGCUGCAAGAGGCAACAACUGUGACCGAGCCUGUAGCCAAGCCUGUAGCCAAGCCUGUAGUCAAGCUCGUAUCUGGCCAUCCGGUGGCGGAUGCUGAUGCUUUGGCUCUGUUUGCUGAUUCGCUGCAACAAACUGGUGUGGAGACCGAGAGUUUGGGUUCUUUUGGAGAGGAAUGGCAGAGAAGUGUCAGUGGAGACAUGGCACAGAGACAAAUAUCUAUGGAUGUAAAUGAGUCUCAAUCAGUACACCGACCAGUGCAGGAAACAUUUGGUGUGCAUGCUGUUUCUCAAGUUGAAUCAACUCCACCUCCGCUAACGCAACAGGAAAUGGAUGCUGAGUAUCGCGAGUUGCUAUCAUUUGCUGAUACCUGGGCAGCUGAAGCAGUGCAGGCUGGUGCAGAGCGAGUACGUGAACACGCAAUAGCAACGUCUUCUCGUCAUACAACUCAGUCUCCGACUUCUUCAGAAGGAGAAACGAGUCUCAAGAAUGUUAAAGCUCUGCGGCAGCAUUUUGAAGAAGCAGCUCGUCCGUCGUCGUUACCAUCUAUUAACCGAAGGUCGAUGUCUUCUGGAGGUUCUUCAGUCACAUCACCCACUGGUACAGGCAAAUUCACAGUACAAGUUAGCCCAAGAGGCAAAGGCCCCGAAACGAUGAGUCGGGGUCAGGAGUUGUUCAAGGCAGCUGAAGAACGGUUGAGGGCUUUGACAGAUAUGUCAGGCGAUACAUUGGAAGAGGCCCCGAAGGCUACUGCCAAUGUCAGACCUUUAGUAUCUGUUGAAGACAGAAAGAGUGAGAAGGUUUCUUCUGAGUCAACCGGUACGGCAAGAAUUACAGUCAGUUCUCGAUCGAAUUCUGAAACAAAAUCCGCAUCGAGUGGUGUAUCCAAAGUAUUGACUGACAAAGAAUGGCGUGCACAAGAGGCACGUGCCAGGGUAGAAGCUCGGAUUCAUAGUCGUCAAUCAAAGAGUCCCUCUCCGGCAACAGCAACUGUAGGAGCUGUAGCUAUGAGUGCUCAAGUUAUUGCGGAUGCUCCUCCUGCAGUAGAAGCUCCACAGAGUGGCGUGCCUGAGUCUGGCAAGAGAGCUGACUGGAGGCAACAAAGAAAGGCCAGUUUAGAGAAGCAGGGUGACAGAGCAUUGGAUGCUAUAGAGCGAGUAAAGACAAUCUCAACAACAGCACCGGUAGAGGAGAAAUCUGACAAAGCGGUGAGAAAAACAAGUGAAGUCAAAGUCGUCCUCACUUCCACAUCAAAGCCUGUAUCAUCUGAUGAACUAGUGGAGACAAAGAGAAAAGGCUUGACAGUCACUGUACAAUCAGUUGCGAGGGAUAGCAAGAGUCCGACUCGAUCAACCCACAGCAGCUCAGAGGAAAGAACUGGCUCCGCUCACAACACAUCGGACUCCUCUGAAGUGGCAGACAAUCAAGGAGAGGAAGGAUCUCAAAAGAGUACAGGUCAGUCACGUGGUCGAGGUGGAAAACAGAGUGGUGGUGGGAAACGGCGUAAAAGUGGACGAGGAGGCAACCGUCAUUGACAGCUGCCUCUAGAUUUUAUUCGUACGUUUUAAAUGGAACAAUUUAGUUGCAGCGACAUUUACCCCUAAGUUUUUGUGGUGAACGUGUUUAAGGGUGAGUGUGAGGUUCCACUAUGUUGUGCUGUGGAAUCCUGCAUGCAAGCGUAGGUAUUAUUAGUUGGACGCGUGUUAGUAAGAUUUUAGUUUAGCUGUGCUGGUCAUGUAGUGAACUGCAUGGGAUAUUAUUACAGUACAUAGUCAACA